AUGAUUGCAAAUUGGUAUCGAGAAACAUCGUACCGAGUCGGAAGAACCGCGAAAGUAACCCUAAGCUUGGGAGUGAUUGGGAGGCACAAGCCAGCAAUGGAGAUAAGCUGCUUACGAAGAAAAACUCAAGGUGUUGUCAAGGCCUCAGCUCGAGUUGAUAAGUUCUCGAGAAGUAAAGUUAGCUCUCGUCAUAGAUUUGGUAGAAGAAGAGCUGGUGACAUGAAGAUGGCUACUUUGGCUACAUAUUUCGGACUCGGCAAGCAAACGCAUAGGAGCCUUGAAGAUGUUAGAAUGAAUCUUAGGGUCUCAAAAUCUUUGUCUCCUUAUGACCAUGAGGGAUUCUUGGCGCCUGAUGAGAUAUCUGUUCCAAACAUCCAAGCAAUUCUUGUCCCUCAUGGAAGCCAACAACAUAUGAAGCUAACGCUACUCCAUGGCGAUUCCCCUCUGCAGCUCUACUAUUCUUGUCUGCAAAUAAGGUUCGGAAUCAUUGGUAAGUUUCUACACAACGCCGGGAGACAGAGACUAAACUUCGUGUUUGAUCUGUAUCCAAGCCUAUUCAGUACAUUCGAAGUAUGUGGCAGUAAUGCACGCAAACUCUCUGUUGAUUCGGGCUCCACUUCUGAGUGGUACACGAUGGUGAGUCCAGUGAAAGGAUUUGUAAACUACUACCCUACCGCAAGGAUACAAUAA